UAUUGAGAGUUAAAUCAAGAAAUUUCAGUUCAGAGAGAGAAGAAGAGAAAGAAAGAAGGAAAGAAAGAAAGAGAGAGACACGAGGAGGGAGAAGGGCAGGGGACGCGCUGUAGCUUCCUUCCAUCACUAAAGCAAUAACCGAUUAGGAUUUCCUUUGGCGCCUGUCACGCCAGGUGAUGCAAAGAAGGAGAGAGCAGCAUCAACCAGCCCAACUCUGACAUUUCUAAUAAGAACUUACAGACUUAACAUGCCCGCCUCUCUACACUGAGGAGACAGGAAUGGAAAAUGUGUGCAGUGUAGAGUGGAAAAUACCCCUGAUCUAAAGAAGUGCACUGGGUUUUGUGCUUGCUGCUUGGUUGUGGUGGUGUGUGCACGUUAAGCCCCAGAAGGAUCGUCGCCGGAGAGAAAUGAAACGUGGAGAGGAUGACUAACGACAGAACUGUGAAUUUGUUCUCUGGAGUUGCUAAUUUCCCACCCCGAAGCAACACAUUUCGCAAAGAGCAAGCGUUUGGCUGCUGCUGAUUUCUCCAAAACUGGUGGUUUAGCAGAUGCUUUGUGCUGUAUGUGUUGGAUCAGCUCCUUGCUGAGCCGCAGCAGACCGGCAAAGGUAGACAACCAGUUUGCUGUCUCCAAAUAAGAAAUGAGAUGUAAUGCAUCCUGCAGUCCAUGCACGCCUCCUCUUGCAAAUCGUGCACCAUUCCUCCUUGGAAACCUUUAAAUCCUAAAAUCCAGAAAAAGAGAAUAAAGACAUUAUCAUGGACCUGAGGGAUUUUUACCUGUUGGCUGCUCUGAUUGCCUGUUUAAGGCUGGAUUCAGCUAUAGCUCAAGAACUUAUUUACACUAUUAGAGAGGAGCUGCCUGAAAAUGUACCCAUAGGAAACAUACCAAAGGAUCUGAACAUUUCUCACAUCAAUGCUGCCACAGGGACCAGCACCAGCCUUGUCUACAGACUGGUUUCUAAAGCAGGGGAUGCCCCUUUGGUCAAAGUGUCCAGCACCACCGGGGAAAUCUUCACCACCUCUAAUAGAAUAGACAGAGAAAAACUCUGUGCUGGAGCCUCCUAUGCUGAAGAAAAUGAGUGUUUUUUUGAACUUGAAGUGGUGAUUCUCCCCAAUGACUUUUUUAGGCUGAUCAAAAUAAAAAUAAUUGUAAAAGAUACCAAUGACAAUGCACCUAUGUUUCCAUCCCCUGUCAUCAAUAUUUCCAUACCUGAAAACACAUUGAUCAAUAGUCGCUUUCCAAUUCCAUCAGCAACUGAUCCUGACACUGGUUUCAAUGGUGUACAGCACUAUGAAUUGUUAAAUGGGCAGAAUGUCUUCGGACUGGAUAUUGUUGAAACUCCGGAAGGAGAGAAAUGGCCUCAACUGAUUGUACAGCAAAAUUUGGAUAGAGAGCAGAAGGACACCUAUGUGAUGAAAAUCAAAGUAGAGGAUGGAGGAACCCCUCAGAAAUCCAGCACAGCCAUACUGCAAGUCACAGUAAGUGAUGUCAAUGAUAACAGGCCAGUUUUUAAAGAGAGUCAGGUGGAGGUUCACAUACCAGAGAAUGCCCCAGUUGGCACCUCUGUAAUUCAGCUUCAUGCUACAGAUGCAGAUGUAGGAAGCAAUGCAGAAAUCAGAUAUAUUUUUGGUGCUCAAGUUGCCCCUGCAACCAAAAGGCUCUUUGCUUUAAAUAACACAACAGGGCUGAUUACAGUUCAGAGGUCCUUAGAUCGAGAAGAGACUGCUAUUCACAAAGUGACAGUUCUGGCCAGUGACGGUAGCUCUACUCCUGCUCGGGCAACUGUUACUAUCAAUGUCACUGAUGUAAAUGAUAACCCUCCUAACAUAGACCUCAGGUACAUUAUAAGUCCCAUCAAUGGCACAGUAUACUUAUCUGAGAAAGAUCCUGUCAAUACAAAGAUUGCCCUAAUUACAGUUUCAGAUAAGGACACUGAUGUGAAUGGCAAAGUGAUCUGUUUCAUUGAGAGAGAGGUCCCAUUUCACUUGAAGGCAGUUUAUGACAACCAGUAUUUGUUAGAGACCUCUUCCUUGUUGGACUAUGAGGGCACCAAAGAAUUCAGCUUUAAAAUUGUUGCCUCUGAUUCUGGCAAGCCCAGUUUGAACCAGACUGCCCUGGUAAGAGUUAAACUGGAGGAUGAAAAUGACAACCCUCCAAUUUUCAGCCAGCCUGUAAUUGAGCUGUCAGUUUCUGAAAACAACCGUCGUGGUCUAUACUUAACAACUAUUAGUGCCACAGAUGAAGACAGUGGGAAAAAUGCAGACAUUGUUUAUCAGCUUGGCCCUAAUGCCUCCUUUUUCGAUCUGGAUCGAAAGACGGGAGUUUUGACAGCCUCCAGAGUUUUUGAUAGAGAAGAGCAAGAACGUUUCAUUUUCACUGUAACAGCAAGGGACAACGGCACCCCUCCUCUGCAGAGUCAAGCGGCUGUAAUUGUUACUGUGCUGGAUGAAAAUGACAAUAGUCCUAAAUUUACUCAUAAUCACUUUCAGUUUUUUGUAUCUGAGAACUUACCAAAGUAUAGUACUGUGGGAGUGAUCACAGUGACCGAUGCAGAUGCAGGGGAAAAUAAAGCAGUGACCCUUUCCAUCCUGAAUGAUAAUGAGAACUUUGUGCUGGAUCCUUACUCUGGAGUUAUAAAGUCCAAUGUUUCUUUUGAUCGAGAACAGCAGAGUUCGUACACCUUUGAUGUCAAGGCCAUUGAUGGAGGACAACCUCCUCGCUCUUCGACAGCAAAAGUAACAAUAAAUGUCAUGGAUGUUAAUGAUAACAGCCCAGUUGUCAUAUACCCACCUUCUAAUACUUCUUUUAAGUUGGUGCCACUCUCAGCAAUCCCAGGCUCUGUUGUAGCAGAAGUAUUUGCUGUGGAUAUAGACACUGGAAUGAAUGCUGAACUUAAAUAUACAAUUGUAAGUGGAAAUAACAAAGGUUUAUUUCGUAUUGAUCCAGUGACAGGUAAUAUUACUUUGGAAGAAAAACCAGCUCCUACUGACGUGGGGCUGCAUCGUUUAGUGGUCAACAUAAGUGACUUGGGUUAUCCUAAAUCCUUGCAUACUCUUGUGCUUGUAUUUUUGUAUGUAAAUGACACUGCUGGAAAUGCCUCUUAUAUUUAUGACUUGAUACGUAGGACUAUGGAAACACCCUUGGACAGGAAUAUAGGGGACAGUAGCCAACCCUAUCAAAAUGAGGACUAUCUUACUAUCAUGAUUGCUAUAGUGGCAGGUGCUAUGGUUGUGAUAGUGGUGAUAUUUGUUACGGUUCUGGUUCGCUGUCGACAUGCCUCUAGGUUCAAAGCGGCACAAAGGAGCAAGCAAGGUGCUGAAUGGAUGUCUCCCAAUCAGGAGAACAAACAGAACAAGAAAAAGAAAAGGAAGAAAAGGAAGUCUCCUAAAAGUUCUCUUUUGAACUUUGUUACCAUUGAGGAGUCGAAACCUGAUGAUGCUGUUCAUGAACCUAUCAACGGGACAAUAAGCCUUCCAGCUGAGCUGGAGGAGCAAAGUAUAGGAAGAUUUGACUGGGGCACAGCACCACCAACAACCUUUAAGCCUAACAGUCCUGAUCUUGCUAAGCAUUACAAAUCUGCCUCUCCACAGUCUGCUUUUCAUCUUAAACCUGACACUCCACUAUCAGUGAAAAAGCAUCAUGUGAUUCAGGAACUUCCAUUGGACAAUACCUUUGUUGGUGGUUGUGACACCCUUUCCAAACGCUCUUCCACUAGUUCAGAUCACUUCAGUGCCUCAGAGUGCAGUUCCCAAGGAGGCUUCAAGACAAAGGGCCCCUUACACACCAGACAGGCACUGAAUUUUGGAGAUAUGCCGAAGUACUUGUGGGAGAUUUGGGUACCUGACAAACCGUGGGUGUCCCAGCGCCGUGUUACGUUUCACCUCCCUGAUGGUUCCCAGGAAAGCUGCAGUGACAGUGGUCUAGGAGACCAUGAGCCUGUGGGUAGUGGAACCCUGAUCUCACACCCUCUCCCUCUGGUUCAGCCGCAGGACGAAUUCUACGACCAGGCCUCACCGGACAAGAGGACUGAAGCUGAUGGCAACUCUGACCCCAACUCUGAUGGGCCUCUUGGUCCACGAGGAUUAGCUGAAGCUACAGAGAUGUGUACUCAAGAAUGCCUGGUUUUGGGUCACUCAGAUAACUGUUGGAUGCCUCCCAGCCUAGGUCCAUACCAGCAGCCAAAGUCGCCUCUCUCCACCUUUGCACCUCAGAAAGAAUGGGUUAAGAAGGACAAACUAGUGAAUGGACACACGUUGACAAGAACCUGGAAAGAAGAUAGCAACAGAAACCAGUUCAGUGACCGAAAGCAGUAUGGCUCUGGUGAGGCGCAUUUCAACACUGGCAAUCACAUGACUGACAUUCCUUUGGCUAACUUGAAGUCUUAUAAACAGGCCUCAGGACCUCCUGAGAGUCCAAAGGAGCACCAGCUAUAAGAAAUGGCUACUUUGGAUCAAUGACUUUAGUCUACUUAGACUUGCUAAUACUGUGUGCGUGUGUGUGUCAGAGCUUUAUGUACUGGGUAGACCUCUAGAACUAUGCUUCACAUAGUAGAGAGAUGCAUAUCUUUGUGUUAGCCCAAUGGAAAGUAUCAUGUUCUGCAACACAAAACAGUGUUUCUACUAGUUGUGUGGUUUUGUUAAAUAGACAUGAUUAAACUCUGCCGAGAUCUCUCCAGUUUGCAAAUAUCCUUUUUCGUUUGUUUGUUUUUUGACCCUGGACUGCUGCUACAAACAACAGAAGAUGCAUUUGGAGAGUGAUAGAGCAAGAGAGAGAGUUCAGAGGUUUAUGAUGAUUGAAAAGCAUAUCCAGUUAGAAAACUGUGCUCUUGCUGUCAUUGAUCUGUGCUGGGACUGCUAUACUUGAUAUCAUACUGCAAACAAAACAAUUAAAACUAUAAACAUUAAACCUAUUGUGCUAUUAACGACAUUAGUGGACACUUGUAAGUCAAUCAGUGUUCAAAUACUUGUAAAUAGGAACAAUUAUUACUAACAAAAUUUGUGUACUUAUAACGUUCACCUAAAAAGGAUACUGUAGCAUAAUUCUUUGUUUCACAGUUGCUUUUUACUUUCUUUCAUUUGCUUCCUGUUGUUUUGUUUUGUUUUUAAUUUCAGUGAUGGUGUUUCUGUGUUAGUAGUCUGUCUGACACACAAAGUUCCAAGGAACUCAAAACACUUGUGUUUAAAAAAUAAACCAAACAAAAAACUUCUUGCUUGUGUUUAACAGCAGAUGAUGCUGGCAUUCUAGUAAGCAAAACUGUUUGCAAAUAUCAAAAAACAAAAGGACUUACCCAAGGGCUUUAAACUUUAAAUAACUUUAAUUUCACUUCCAUUCUAUUUUGCAAAGCAGGGGAACUUAAAAAAAAAUGAAAAAGAAGUUAGCUAUGUGGGUGAUGGCAAAGGAGUGUCAGAGGGUUUUUAUGUAGCAACCCUGAUCAGUUAACUAUAGUCUCACAAUUAAUGAAAAGUAACAGUGUGCUAAUUUGGAGUAGAAAGAGGAAAAUUUGAAGAAACAAAAUACAAGGAUCAUUUUCUUUCCAAUUGGGCAAGUGUGUGUCUAUACUUAAGACAGUUUGUAUUGCUGAAAAAGCGGCAUUUGUGUUGAUCCUCAUCUGCGUUAAUGUUGUAGUAACACAAGUGUUUUUAGAUCAUAGCCACAGAAUAUUUAAUGUGUUGUGCCUUCAUGAUGUAACAGAGCAUUCUCCUGGUAGGCUAGUUGGGGAAACUAAGGGUUAAAACUCUAAUUAUUGCUGUUUAACUGUUUGUUAUCAUAGUUGGUCAAUGCCUGGCAGGUACUGGCGUCAUGUCACUUCAGUCAAACCAGCAGAGUGACUCCUACUGUUAAAAAGAUCUAAGUUGCACGUAAAACAAAUCCAAAUCUGGACAUUCUUAGGCGGUUUUUGUUAAGGCAUGACAGAUGAUUUAAACAAAUAAAUAGCAUGCAGAAAAAAAAUAAGAAAAAAAAAGAAAAAAAGAAAAGAAAAAAAAAGUCCUUACAGAAAAAAAAAGGGAAAAUUAUCUUAUGCCACAGUUGAUCAGUCUUAAAAUAACAAAGUUAGGUAAUCUGAAGGGUAAUUUGUUCUUACCAAAAAAAAAAAAAAUUUUUUUUGUAUAUAGCAGUUCACAGUUUUUUUCCUCCACAGUAUAAAGACAUAAAAUGGGUUAGGGGUGCAUUCCUUAUUGCAGUACUUAUGUCAGUUUGUGAGGGGUGUUUGAUGACUUUGACAGAAUAAAUAUCUAAACAGUUAUCCUUGUUACUGCUUUGCCAGUUCAACGUUAUUUACAGUUAUUCAGCUCUUGCAAUAAAUGUUCUGAAUUCCUGAUUGUCUUGUGUUAGUUCUUGGGCAAAUGCCUAAGGGACUUUAUUCCCAUUAAUUUCUUUUAUUGUUGGUGGUGGUUCAUUAUGAAUAUAUAAGUUAUUCUUCUAAACAUAUCCAUUUGGUUCACCUAGUCCUGGAUGAGGAAGGUACAGAGAGAAAAUGGAAAUCGUUUAGGGCCUUAUUCAGCGACUCUUAUGGUGAGUCGGACCUCACUGAAAAUGAGUCCUGUAGAACUUCAGGAGCAAGGAACCACUUACCAGGAAUUAAGGGUGUCAGCAUCUGUCCUACUUUAUUAGGCAAACCUAAGCACAGAGAGUAACCAGGAGCUAUUGGCAAAUGGAAGUAAAGAAACAUCUCCCCAUCAUGCUUAGUCACCUUAGUGGCCACUAAAAAAAUAUUGCAUUUACCUCUUUUCAGUUUGUUAUCUAACCUCAGAGUAUUCUGUGGUAUACAGAAUACCACAGUAAUGUCAAAAGAAGAUACCACAGUAAUGUCAAAAUACUAUGAUGUACUAAAUGGGGAUAUUUUUAAAGAUCAGUCACUGUGGUCAUGUAAUAGUUUUUUUGUUGCUUUAUAGAAAAAGAAACACACUGAAAUAAAGGGGUAAUGAGAAAUGUAACCUAUUUUUUGAUUGUGCUGAGUUUCAAAACCUAGAGAUGAAAUGAAUUGCAAAUUAAAAAUAGAAAAACUGUUUGAAAUCCUAAACAUCUCUCAAAAUGCCUUAAAAUUAAAAAUAAGGGCCUUUUUAAAGAAGACUAUUCGAAAACUAGUUCCUAUUUGCUUACGCGUCAGGAACAGAGUUCCGUCUCUGGCCAGUAAGAAUUGACUAUGACAUUUCCACAGCCACAUAGGAGCCAUAUUCCUUAAUCUACUUCCAUAGUUUGUUAUGUCAUCAACUCUUGCAGGAAAAACACAGAAAUACAAGCUAGGAUCCUGGUAGGUGAAAUAUAUUUUUUUUAUUUCACUCUAAAUGAGUUACUCGUUUGUAAUUGUAAGUCUUUAAUAUAUUCACCAGCUUUGACGUUAAAAAAAAAUCAGUUCACCAUUAAUAUGGUAAUACACUAUGUCUUAGUCCCAUUAAAACAAAUUGAAGUUUUGCCACUCGCUUCAAUAGGCUCUGGAUUUGGCCCUAAAUAUAUAGUCAGUGAGUACUCAUUUAUUUACAACUAAUUAGUUGGCUCAGUGGCUGGUACUAGCACUGUUGUGUAAAUCCCAUAUAUUAAAAAAAAAACCGCACACACAAAUUGAAAUGCUGAGGAAUUCACUGAUGUGCCAGACAAGGAGUUCUUCCCCCUCCCCCCUUGAAGAGGCUAAAAAUGUUGAUAGAUACCCAGGAUUAUUCAAAUGUUUCUUCAGCUCUCAUGGCUUGGCACCAAGCAUUAUGGACAAUUAUUGGUGAGCAAGCUGGGCUGUUUGUGGAUGUCUUGCUUGGGUCAGUUCCAGACUGCUUCCCUCAGUUGGGCAAGGUGGGUGCAUUUUCCCUCGCCCAGAUGUACACAUUUAAAGGAAUGUGUGGAAAGAUAAACCACAGGGUGCUUUGAUAUUCAUUUAUUUUUAAGAUCAGAUAAGUAGGGAGGGGCAGAAUCUACAGGACUUUAAAGGUAGUGACUGAAAGUUUAGUUCUGAAGUCAUUUGAGGGGUCGGUGGCCCUGGAGGGAUUUAAAGAAGGGGGUGACCUGGCCAAGCAUAAGUCUUAGGAUGACAGUAUGGAGGGGGAAAGUACUACAUUGAUGCAUGCCACGUAAGAAGAUAACAAACAAUGCUCCCAUUGCCAUGAGAACACUCUCAUGAGAUACAUCAUGGUCAUAGGAAGGACUGAUCUUUGGUAGGGCAGAUUCUCUAUGGCCACAUAGUUACAAUUCAGGCGAUUAAUUAUAAAAUAUGGCUGUCUUCUGUGUGUGCCUGUGUCUGUGAUAUUGCCAAAUCAAUACUAUCAGUGCUGUGCAACACACACAGCCAAAACAAAAGAGCAUUCAUACCUUCCUCCUUACCACACUCUGUUACCUUUAGUUAUUGCUGAGGUGUGAGACUACUUGCCUUACCCAGCGACUACAGCACAGGGCUUCACAGAAUCUUAGAAAUGGCAAGUCCACCCCUGUGCUGAGGCAAGCCCAAGUAAACCUAGACCAUCCCUGUCAGCUGUCUGUCCAACCUGUUCUUAAAAACCUCCAGUGAGGGAGAUUGUACAAUCUCCAUUGGAAGCCUGGACCAGAGUUUAACUACCAUUAUAGUUAGAAAGUUUUUCCAAUAUCUAACCUAAAUCUCCCUUGCUGCAGAUUAAGCAGAUUACUUCUUGUCCUACCUUCAAUGGACAUGGAGAACAAUUGACCACCGUCUUCUCCUCAACAGCCCACAACACAUUUGAAGACUAUCAUCAGUAAUCUGUGGUUAUCCAUAGCUAAAUAAUUUACUGUGGCACACGGCACUUUCUAAAGAAUGAUUUUUGAGCUCCAAAACCUCAGCUUUCAUUAAUGAAAAAGUUCUACCCCUUUCUGUUGUGAAGAAAACCUUGAAAAUGUGAACCAAGCAUAAACCAAUGCACUGUCUUCCUUAAUCUACACACUGCCUCAGACAAUAGCUCUCAGAGAGAUGAACAAUUUAGGAUUUUUUUUCUCUGAAAGCUAAAGACAACAAUUUAAUUGUUAGCAUUAUUCAUAUUUCACUGCUGAUCAUUUUAGCAGAUAAUGUGUUUAUCCCACAAUCCGAUAGUGGUUCUGACUUCUUGACUUGUCUCCCAAGCCCAAAGUGGUUUAUAUCCCACUGCCAAAGCCUUCAGCUUCGCUUUCCCCCAAUUUACUGACUGCAUUUCCUAAUGCUGCAAAACUGGCUUUGUGGAAAUGUAAUCCACUAGUAUAGCUGUUAACUAUUUUCUAUUAAGUUCCUUGGGGUAGGGAUCAUUCUUUGUUUUGUACUGCACUGAGGACAGUGACAACACAGCAGAGGGCCAGAUUCUGAGUCCAUUGGCUUCAAUGGAAGCCCUUCAGUGGCUCAUAAUUAGUAAAAACGAUAAACUGCAAGUGCUUCAAUGCCCCUUGCAUUGACAACUGUUUGAAAAAAUGAAGACAAUAGUGACUGGAUUUAUUAAAUAAAUUGUAGUUUAUUCUUAAACUAUCAGCUUUAUAAUUAACUUUAACAAGUACAUAUCUAGCAGCUCAUUCUCUUUUUGAGCUACAUACAUAGCUUCCCUGGAACUUAUGUGCUGACAUGUGGCCUAAUUCUGCAAAAUGCUGAGCUGCUCCUUCAAGGAGCUGAGCACCUUCUCCUGACCUUGCGGACAAUGGAAGCUGAGAAUAGUCAUCACCAACUUGUAGGAGAAGCUCAGCAUCUGCUAGGACUGGGCCCAUGUGGUAGCAUGUUGUACAUUAGGUUUUGAAGAAUUAAUGUUCUCACUGACUGUAUCACUUAAUGUAGCAGUCUGUUUGCAGCUGUAAUAUUUGUACUGCUGCCUGAUUGAUGGAGUGUAAAAGUAGCUCUUUAGUUAACAGACAGGAUCUCAAGUUCUGGUUGCCUAUUAGGACUGGAAAGAAUUCAAAAGAAGGUAAUGUCCCUCACUCCAAACAUCAUGCUCCAUGGAACACAGCCACUUUGAAAUCAAUCUGUCAUGCCCAGGUAUUGAAACACAUUCUAAGAAUGCAUGGCAUGUGAGUAGAUACCUUAUUUAUUUGUAACAAUAUAUAUUUAAAUAUUAUCAAGCACAUAAUUGCUCAAUAUAAUUUAAUGGAAUUUUUUGGAUCUAUGAAUCUUGUUGUUUAAUGUACUUUAAAUUGUAUGAAAAAGCAUAUUCUGAAGACUACCCUCACCUUUAUUCAUGAAAUAAAGUUCUUUCUUUUGUGUGUUAUAUCCCUGUUUGUACAAACAUGUGAUAAAGUUAAAUGGCUAAGUACUGUGCAGGCAUUAUAACUGUUUCUUUUAUUAUCUAAAUAUAUGCCUAUGACAAUUUUAAGUA